AUGGAAGCAUCCGAGGAAGAUGCGCCGUCGUUCUUCACGCCUGGCAGCGGGAAUAUCGCGCUCGGAAUUGCUAUAGUAGUCUUCAUGACUAUCGCCCUGUACAACGCGCUCGAGUUAUCCAUCCUCAUCCCUCUAAGCUUCCGCCGCUAUCGCAGCCUCUAUUUCUGGUCCCUCAUAACCUCUGCUACGAUCGGUGUAAUACCCGCUACUAUCGGGCCGAUGCUUCAGUUCUUCAGCCUCGCGCCGCUAUGGCUGUCUAUGUUUUUGUCGAAUUUAGGGUUUGUGAUGAUGGUUCCAAAUCAGUCGGUGGUUCUCUACUCACGGCUUCACCUCGUCUCGCAAAAUACACGCGUACUCAGCGCCGUGCGCUGGCUUAUAUUUGCAAGCAUUUUCGUUGUUAUUCCGACCAUCACAUUGAAUGUCGGCGACGCUUACCUCCCAACAAACAAACACUGGGCACGUGGAUUCGAAGUCAUCGAGCGACUCCAGGUGACGUGGUUUGCUGUUCAAGAAACGACAAUAUCCAGUAUUUACAUCUAUGACACUAUCCGAAUCAUGAAGCUCAGUCCCGAAACCGAUAAACGGCGCAACAAGAUCCUAUACGAACUAUUGGCGGUUAACGUGACGGCGAUCCUGAUGGAUGUGACAUUUGUUGUCCUUGAGUACGUUGGAUUUUAUUUCACGCAGGUGAUUUUCAAGGCUGCUGUGUAUAGCAUCAAGCUGAAGCUUGAGUUUGCCGUGUUGGGCAUGCUGGUAUCCAUUGUACAUUCACGUGGAUCGUGGCAGGCAGAAGGUGACACUUCGAAUUUUUCAUGA